AUGAUUCCCAGUGACCCCUUUUCACUAUCCACAAACACAAACCCUAACCCUAAUCCCCCUCCAACCACCAAGAAGAAGAGAAAUCUACCAGGAACACCAGAUCCAGAUGCCGAGGUCAUUGCUCUUUCACCAAAGACACUCAUGGCCACGAACAGGUUCAUCUGUGAAAUAUGCAACAAAGGGUUUCAGAGGGAUCAGAACCUUCAGCUUCACAGAAGGGGUCACAACCUUCCAUGGAAGCUACGACAGAGGUCAAACAAGGAGGUGCGGAAGAAGGUAUAUAUCUGCCCGGAGAAGACCUGCGUCCACCAUGACGCCGCCAGAGCACUCGGCGACCUCACCGGAAUAAAGAAGCAUUUCAGCAGAAAACACGGCGAAAAGAAGUGGAAGUGUGACAAGUGUUCGAAGAAAUACGCAGUCCAAUCUGAUUGGAAAGCUCACACCAAAACUUGUGGCACUAGAGAAUAUAAGUGUGACUGUGGCACCCUCUUCUCUAGGAAAGACAGCUUUAUUACCCACAGAGCAUUUUGUGAUGCCUUAGCUGAAGAGAGUGCGAAAGUCACUUCAGUUGCUACAACAAAUCUAAGUUUUAAGAGUGAAGAGACAACUGUGGUGAAUACACAGCCUGAUUUGGCUCAUGGAUUUGGUGCACAUGGUUUUAAUAUAGAUUUUAAUGGAAUGAGCAUGGGUGCAGACAACCAAAUGCUAAGCUUGUCACUUUGGUUGAACCAGGGAAAUCCUCAUAUUUAUCCACUUGAUCAUGUGUCAUCAAGUUCUUCGUGUUUUCCUGAGGUUAUGCAAAUGGCACAAGCUAAUGCUUUAAUUGGUUCUUCUUCACUAUUGUCAAAUUUUGGAAUGCAAGCUUCCACUUCAAUGACUUCAUCUAAUGCAAAACUUUCAUUAUCGCCAUUACCAAUUGGGAAAAAGGGAGAAAGUGGAAAUGCAGAUUUGGUGUCUAUUUAUUCAGAGAGUCAAAACAAGCAAUCAAAGUUAUCUUCUCCAAUGUCAGCCACUGCGCUUCUACAGAAGGCAGCACAGAUGGGUUCAACCAGAAGCACUAACCCGUCCAUUUUCAAUGACAGUUUUGGAGUAAUGAACUCAUCUUACACCCAAACUACUGGUCUCAAUAGCAAUGCCAUUCCCAACCGAAACCAAAACAGUGAUGAGCUUAACCAGGCUUAUCAGAAUAUGAACCAACACGGGAAUUUUAGUCCAACUAGCAGUGCAGCUAUGCUGGGUGGUUCUACUAACUUUAGCUCAUUGAUAUACUCAUCAAACAGUUUUGAUCAUUUGAUGAUGCAAACCAAUGUGAAACCAAGUGAGCCAAUGCAAUUGAAGCUUCAUCGUGGUUCAAACUCUGCAGAACAUAACAUGACAAGAGAUUUUCUUGGCGUGGGUGGAGGAGGAGCUGCAGGCCAUCCAUUCCUACCCCAAGAGUUGGCAAAGUUUGCUUCCAUAGGCUCAUCAAUGGGUUUGAACCAUUUCACUGCAGGCCAUCAAUGA